AUGGACCCCCGGAAUAAUGAGCGAAUCUCAACCGCCAGCAACGAGGACUCGAUACUUCAGUAUGCCAACGACAAGAAGUCGGGGACCAAAAGGCGCCGGCGCGCAUGCCCGAUUUUGAUCCUCCUCGCAUUGGUUAUUCACCUGCUCUCAUCCGGGUGCGGGAUCACCAUCAGCGUGCUUGUCGUUCGCUUCGGCCUAGAGACAUCGAUUGCAGGAAGGCAAGACCUCGUGUCAAGAAUACUGCUAUUUGUCUCCAGUUGUAUCGGCAAUGUCUACAUCCUAAUGCAUGUAUUCGCGUCGCGGGAAAAGUACGUCCGGAGUCUUCAGAAUGGCAGCCCGCAGAUACAUGGAUACUUCUUCGCGGCCAUGUCCGUUUUAAUCGCACGGCUGAGCGUGCCGGUUUGGAUUGCGACAGUCGUCAUGAACGCAAUCGUCGCAGCCAUGGUUGGCUUUAAUCUAGGGAGGGGGCUCAAGGCAAAUGUGGUCUGGAUCCAACUACUGAUUGCAUCUGUGGCCUUGUUGUCUAUACUAGUUGUAUUAAUCGUAAUCGAAACCACCGACCGCCCAUUCGCGACUUCAAUUCUGUCGAGACGGAGCUUCAUCACUGCAACGGAGCAGGGGGGUCGAAAUGACACAUUUGACCUCAGCAUUUCAAGGCAGGGAAUUCAUCCACCGGAAGGCAAUAGAGAGAACAAGAAGGAGAUGAGAAACACCGUGGUGGAAUUACAGCGAGAAUCUUUCGAUCGAUCUCGGAUUAACACACCCGAGUCAUCAGAUGACGGGAGCCCCGUAGGGCAAAACAAUGCACCUUCAUGGACGGACCGUUCGUCUCGAGUCGAGCAAAGAAUGAGCACGAGGAGGAAUACCAUGAGGGUACGCAGCCAAGCCGUGCCCACGCCGCUGGAGACCAUUUUCGGCUCUCGGGAGACACUUCCUGACCCUCGAAACUCCCCCGGCAUCAAGGGCGACUUUUCUUGGAGACCGCCAACUAGAGACUCGGAAUACAUCCAAAGGCCACCAACCAGAGAAUCAUACCGUGAUACUUUACAGCCACGAAGCAACGCUGCCUCCACAGUGUUCUCAAAUCUCUCCGCGAUCCCUCAGCCUCUGACCACUGACCCGAGUCUCGCUCCUCGUGUCCCCGACACAUUUGCCCCAGCAAAUGAGCCCGCAAGUCGGCAGUCUAUUGGGCCGCAACGCUCGUCCUCGGUGCCCCCUGCGGCGACACAGCUCAAGCCUCCAACUCAAAGGCGCCCUACGCUCCCAAAUCUCACCGACCUGCCCGCCCGUGCAGCAGCUCGACGCAGGAAUUCGUUGAUCGCUCGAGAAGCAGAUCUCGACCCUCGAGCUUCAAGAGAGAUUUCAAGGCGUUUCAGCAUAAUAGGUCAGAACAUAGCUCCCCCGUCGCCAAGAAAUGACUUUGUAGAAGUCCCGAUCCCAGACAUCAGACCUCGUGAGCUGGAGACGGAUGAGGACGGCAUCAUCCCGGUAGAGGCUCACCCUCUCGCGAGGAACAACAGCACGAGGGCACGACUCGUCCGUAACUUCUCACGGCCGAGGAGAAGAAGCACGAUGGUGGGACCAGCGGACAUUGUCAUGGACAGGGAUAGGGCGAAACGGACAUCAUCAUUCCUUCCAGAGCCCGCACGGGAACGCGGUCGCAUCAGGAAGCAAGGCGGCAAUAUUGGAGACGACUGGGGAGCAGAGGUCCGACGAUCCAAGUCUGUGCCACCAGUGGCCUCAAACACAAGGGCCAAGAGAGUCAGCCUGGCAAUAGACGAGCCGCGGUCCAAGCCCCCCACAGCGAGACUUCCUCGGAAGCCCGUGGCCGGACCGCGCUUCUCGCCCUUCCCUACCACUGCUGCUCCGGAACGCAGGGUCAAGGGCCUGGGCCAAGGAUCGACGCGCAGGCUGGACCAGGAGGUUGCUCGCUGGGUAGAGGGCGUCCAGGCUCCCAGGACUUCGAGCGACGCGCCGCCGUCUAUCAUCUCGGUCUCUACUGAUAUCCUAGACCCUGAAAUCACCGUGUCGGGCAGGAGAAGUAGUACAAAAUUGAGCCGCGAGGGCUCGAUUUCUGGUCGAACGAGGCGCAUUGCGCAGAACUUCUAA